GUCGCUAUUCGAACCGCCAACCAAAGAGUCGUGCCAGCGGAUAGACGCUUUUUGGACCGGUUAACGAGGUCGACGUGUUGAGCCAACGCGAAUUGUUAACUGGCAAAAGUAAAUACUGGAUAUCGGAUAUUUAGUCUGAAUGUACGACAGCCGAGUCUUACGGUGAUGGUGAUCUCAGUGUUGCACAGUCACCCGUAACGCAAAUCGCUUUCGAAUAUUAGUGACGGCAUUUAAAUAAUCCCACAAAUCCCGCGCCGCUAAAGGUCAAAUCGUGAUUCAAGCGAUUCGCGGAGCCAUGUUAGUAUGGCAGACUCCGGCAAACACGCGAGUGGUGGUCACAAUGGAGCGAACAGCGAACGCCGGAACGCCCAGAACGGACGCAACGGACGCAAUGGACACAACGGACACAGUCAAGGACGACAGUUGCAGUUCCUGGACAGUCCGCCCCCCAGCCAAGCCACCUUCAAUGUGCGCAGUCUGUGGCCAAGCAUAAAGUCUGGUGUUCGCCGCUUGAGGAGCCAGGUGCUCCGGCGGACAGCCACCACGGGUCCAGCGAUGGCUCCGUCCGGUGGAGCGGACUUACCUCCCUCGGACAAUGAUCAGGCUGCUCCGUCCAGGAGCGGACAUGGGAUCACGGAAACAGACGGCAGUAAUCCCCAUCGAAGGCUGGACGAAUCGUCGGUGAUGGGCAGUGUGCAGUCAGUGAAAAAUUAUUUUAAAAGAACACGCCCAGGCCGGAAAAAAGGAAAAGAUGACGAGGACUUCACCUCGUCCGCUGGGUACGAUGCAGAUGAUGGGGAGAGGCGUGUCAUAAACCUAAAUGGGCCACAGCCCACUAAGUACGGUAAUAAUCGCAUAACGACGGCAAAAUAUAGUUUCAUCAGCUUUUUGCCCGCGUUCCUGUUCGAGCAGUUCCGGCGUUACUCCAACUGCUUUUUCCUGCUAAUUGCCAUACUGCAACAAAUCCCGGAGGUGUCGCCCACGGGUCGUUACACCACGCUAGUGCCGCUGAUGUUCAUCCUCUCGGUGAGCGCCAUUAAGGAGAUAAUCGAGGACAUUAAACGACAUCGGGCGGAUAAUGAGAUCAAUCACCGAUCGAUAGAGCGCCUGGAUAGUGGCUCCUGGUGCACAGUUCGCUGGUCCGAGUUGACGGUGGGCGAUAUCAUCAAAGUGGGAAUCAAUACCUUCUUCCCCGCCGAUCUGAUUCUUCUGUCGUCCAGUGAACCGCAGGCCAUGUGCUUCAUAGAAACGGCCAAUCUGGAUGGCGAGACCAACCUGAAGAUCCGACAGGCCCUCCCAGCUACCGCUGAACUGCUGGAGACGAAGGAUCUGCAACGAUUGGAGGGCAGGAUCGAGUGCGAGCUGCCCAACCGGCAUUUAUACGAGUUUAACGGGGUGCUCAGGGAGACUGGGAAGCCACCCGCUGCUUUGGGCAAUGAUCAGGUGCUCCAACGUGGCGCCAUUCUUCGGAACACGGCGUGGGUGUUCGGUAUCGUGGUCUACUCCGGGCAAGAGACGAAGCUGAUGAAGAACUCUACCUCGGCGCCACUGAAGCGCUCCACCGUAGACAAGCUGACCAACACCCAAAUCCUCAUGCUCUUCAUGAUCCUCAUCUCAUUGUGCAUCAUCAGCGGCCUGUGCAAUCUGUUCUGGACGAGGGAACACUCGGAAACGGACUGGUACCUGGGCCUAACCGACUUCAAGACCAAGAGCCUUGGCUACAACCUGCUGACUUUCUUCAUUCUGUACAACAACCUGAUCCCCAUCUCGCUGCAGGUGACGCUUGAGCUUGUGCGUUUCCUGCAGGCCAUUUUCAUCAACUACGACAUUGAGAUGUACCACGAGGAGUCCAACACGCCCGCAAUGGCGCGCACCUCGAACCUGAACGAAGAGUUGGGCAUGGUCAAGUAUAUAUUCUCGGACAAGACAGGCACCCUCACGCAGAACGUGAUGGAGUUUAAGAAAUGCUCCAUCGCCGGAUACGUAUACACGGCCGAGCGAACGCCGGAGGAAUCUCAGCUAGUGCAGAAUAUUCUCGGUCGUCAUGAGACGUCCGCCGUGAUAGAGGAGUUCCUGGAGCUCCUAUCGGUGUGCCAUACGGUAAUCCCCGAGCGCAAGGAAAACGGCAACAUGAUCUACCACGCUGCCAGUCCGGAUGAGCGUGCUCUGGUGGAGGGUGCCCAGAAAUUUGGCUACAUCUUCGACACACGUACGCCAAAGUAUGUGGAGAUAAAUGCGCUUGGCGUGCGAAAGCGAUACGAGGUUCUGAAUGUCCUGGAGUUCACCUCGUCUCGUAAGCGUAUGUCGUUGAUUGUUCGGACGCCGGAAAAUAAGAUCAAGCUAUUCUGCAAGGGAGCCGACACGGUGAUAUACGAACGUCUAGCUCCUCAGGGUCAAGCCUUCCGGGAACAGACGCUGCGUCAUUUGGAGGAGUUUGCUUCGGAUGGAUUGAGGACCCUCUGCUUGGCAGUUGCUGACAUUCGACCGGAUGUUUACCAAGAGUGGAGCCAGACUUUCGACAAGGCAUCGGUGGCUCUUCAGAAUCGCGAGAGCAAGUUGGAGGACGCGGCCAAUCUGAUUGAGAACAAUCUUCGUCUACUGGGCGCCACAGCAAUCGAAGAUAGAUUGCAGGAUGGUGUGCCGGAAACGAUUGCUUCUUUGCUGGACGCCGGCAUCUAUAUCUGGGUCCUUACUGGCGACAAGCAAGAGACGGCCAUCAAUAUAGGCUACUCCUGCCGUCUGAUUAGCCACUCAAUGGAUAUCAUAAUCCUCAACGAGGAGAGCCUCGAUGCCACCCGCGAAGUCAUCCAUCGCCAUUAUAGAGAAUUCAAGAGUUCGUCGGCGAAAGACGCCAAUGUGGCACUAGUCAUCGAUGGUACUACGCUGAAGUACGCCCUUAGCUGCGACCUGCGCAAUGAUUUCCAAGACUUGUGCAUUCUGUGUCGGGUGGUCAUCUGCUGCAGAGUGUCCCCAAUGCAAAAGGCUGAGGUGGUCGAGAUGGUCACCCAGAGCACGAAUGCAGUGACUCUAGCCAUAGGCGAUGGAGCCAACGACGUGGCCAUGAUCCAAAAGGCGAACGUGGGAAUCGGAAUAUCUGGAGUUGAGGGUCUCCAGGCGGCGUGCGCAUCGGACUAUUCGAUCGCCCAGUUCCGCUAUUUGCAGCGCCUACUCUUGGUCCACGGUGCUUGGAACUACGCUAGAAUCUCCAAGCUGAUCCUGUACAGCUUCUACAAGAACGUGUGUCUGUAUGUAAUCGAGCUGUGGUUCGCCGUCUACUCCGGCUGGUCGGGACAGAUCCUGUUUGAACGCUGGACAAUUGGCCUGUACAAUGUGCUAUUCACGGCCAUGCCGCCGUUUGCGAUGGGACUCUUUGAGAAAUUCUGCACGGCGGAAACGAUGAUCCGGUACCCGAUGCUUUAUAAAACAUCACAGAAUGCUAAGCUAUUCAAUGUGAAGGUGUUUUGGAUCUGGAUAUUCAAUGCGCUACUGCACUCGGUGUUCCUUUUCUGGUUACCACUGGCAGCAUACACAACGGAGGUGAUCUGGAGCGAUGGCAAGACCAGUGAUUACCUAUUGAUGGGCAAUCUCGUUUAUACUUACGUGAUUGUAACUGUUUGCCUGAAGGCUGGACUCAUCACCAAUUCGUGGACCUGGCUUACCCAUCUGGCCAUUUGGGGCUCCAUUGUCCUGUGGUUCGGCUUUGUGCUGAUUUAUAGCCAUGUGUGGCCGAUGUUCAAGUUCGCGAGCAACUUCCGCGGCAUGGACAUACAGUUACUGUCGACUCCAGUUUUCUAUUUCUGCUUGAUGCUGGUGCCCAUUACCACGCUGCUGGUCGAUGUGAUCUGCAAACUCGUACAUAAUACCGUGUUUAAGACACUGACGGAGGCUGUACGCGAGACGGAGAUCCGACGCAGCGACAUCUCCGAAGUGAUGAACGAGCCGCGAUCUUCUGACUCCGGUUUUGGAUACACCCUCGGCAAGUUGAUACGAUCCAGCCAUGUUCUGAUUUCGCACGAUAAUCACCCCGCGUCGGAAUCCAGUAGGACGUCGAAUCUGCGGGUGGAGAACCUGGAGCUGGAGGCCGACACGGAACAGCAGCAGCAGAGCAGGCAGCGCCAGAAGUGGCGAGGUGGUCAGGUGGCCACUGAAGUAGCAAGGAGUGCGAGAAACAGCACCACAUCACCCAUCACGGCCACUCUGCACAUGUGAGGAUGUGGACGGACUUCCCUCAUCGAAGGCAAAUCAAAUCGAAUUAUUUUUCUAGUUGUAAAACGUAUUUUAUAAGUGAGCAUUGUAUAGUAUUGUAAUUGCAUUCCGAAUGGGACUAUUUCCCGAUUCCGCAUCCAUAUCAUAUAUAUCAUAUUUUCAUGUUUAUAUGCUAGUCGCGAAAAGCGGAUAUUUUUUACAUCGCAUACUGUAUAUGCUAACAAACUAUUUGCCAACUGUGAUAGUGUCUAAGGAUAGGAUACGUAGGAUAGGCCAAUAAUCAGGGAAUGCUAUCUUGUGAGACGUCUUCUUAUCAUCAUUCCCAACAAGCUGAGUUACUUUAUUUAUCUCUAAUCGUACCUACAUAUGUAUGUGUUAGCUGGAUGUUGAACUAUACUUCUAAGACACUUACCAGGUUGUAAAGUUACAUAACGUUAACAAACCCAGUCACGAAUGUUCCGUUCGAUCCUACUUAACAAUUUAUGAUUAACCAACCGAUAUAUAUAUACUCAUCCCAACGUUAUUGGAAUGUGAUGGUACCCAGAUGAUAUGUAUGUAUCAGUUUUGAAUAUAUGUAUCCCGCACCGUCCUCCCCAGCUCGCAUGCAAUUUAAUUCGGCCAAUGAUCUAUCUAUAUACUAACGCAAUGGCUGCUGAUUGUUCAAUCCGAUCUGAAUGCGAUCCGAUCCGAAUUGAUUCGAUAUGCUCUGCACUUAUGUUUUAUUUUGUAUAACUCGACACACCCAACAAAGCGACUUAACCAAUCACACCCAACACCUACUCGCAGAACCCAAACACACCCAACAAUAACUAAUCAAAAUAUAUAAUUUAAUAAAAGUCAAAGAGUCAACAGCAAAA